AUGAGAAACUGUGUAUCGUUGAUUUUUUUCUAUACAAUUCUAAUAUUCUUAAUAAAAUAUUUAUCACGAAUCGCUUGCACUGAUGCAGCAAAAAUUUGGCAGUCAACAGCAACAACAACAACAACGACAGCGCAUAAAUUACCAUUUAAUGUUAUUGUUAUUCUACCUGAAAAAGAAUCAUGCAAUGAUAAACUUGGACUAACGUUGGACAAAGCGCGACCUGUUAUUGAUAUUAGCGUAAUGGAUGUUGUUAAGUCGGGUAAAUUACCGAAGAAUUUCAUAAACUUUACUUACUAUGAUUCGCGCUAUUGGGAAGAUGUUUCGCUCGCUGAAAUGUGGUCAACAGUUGGUGUGGUAAAUGCAUAUUGUGCUGGACGACUCGACGCAAUUCUUGGUUUUGCUGACAGCUAUAGCUUAGCAACAGUUGCUAAAGUUACCGCUGGCUUCGGUAAUGGUGUACCAGUGAUAACAACUGCUGGUAUGACAUCGAUGCUAGGUGCACAAAAGACAUAUCCAUAUCUAACCCGAAUGCAAGGAAAUUAUCGUCAGAUGGCAGAUAGCCUUUAUAAAUUGAUCGCAUAUCGCGAUGAGAUAACGGCAGAUAUCAAUUCAUCGCAUUCUUCGCAUUCAUCACUUGGCUACAAAAAUUUAAUCUUUAUGUACCAUGAUAAGCGUCGUGCGAUAAAUCGUCCACGUAUUGCUGAUAGUGAACAAUCAUCGACUGGUGUCUCAAGUCAUUGCUAUUUUUCACUUUAUGCCAUAAAAACGUUUUUUGCUGAAAAAAGUGCGUUUUUUAAAGAAAACUGGAAAAUCCAAACACCAUCAUUAGCGUUUGAUGAAGAAAUUGAACGUAAUGCGAAUGAUCUCAAAGGAUGGUUAAAAAUUGUUUCCGAAUUAGCUAAUGGUUUGUUUUUUAUUAUUUUAUUAUUUUUAUUGUUUUAA